AUGAGCCGUAGAAGAAAAGCAAAUCCGACAAAGCUUACUGAAAACGCCAAAAAAUUAUCAAAAGAAAUUGAGAACAGUCAAGAAGAGAACGACGACAAAAUGUUGACCCAAUCGCACACCCCGACUAUUAUAAUCCCAGAUCACAUGGACGACACUCCGAAUCCUGCCGUAUCCCCACACGACGAUUCGAUCAAAUCGAGUUCCAGCACCAUAUCUGAUCAUACAAGCACGUCUGCUACAACUGGAAUCUCAGAUUUUCCCGAUAUACUUGCCCAGACCGAACACGGUUGUUCUGUUCUAAUUGACGGAAACCAUUUGAGAGAGAUUAUAAACUCGGUGGAUACACAAGACGGAAAGCAAGAUCUAUUAUCGGACGUCAUUCGACAGUUGACAUCAAUAAAGGAGAGGUUAACGAGCGACGAAAGUCCCAUCAAAGACGAUUUAAAAGAAGACCGUGACGACAUGAGCCCGAUGCUCCACGCUGGGAACUUCGAUUCUGAGAUGCUCUUACGACAACAUGAAAUGAUGCAGCAACAUCAGCAACAGCAACAUCAAAUGAUAAUUGCAAACAUGCUGAAAGCCACUACAUCACUCCCAAUGUUAUUCAAUGGUGGAGGUUUAAAUUAUGAAGCUUUACUAAACAAUCCGGUUCUAAAUGCAACAAUCGCCGGUCACUUGCCCAAUACACUUGCCAACAAUAUUUCUAUGAUCCAGAAGAGCAUUACGGCUAAACUCGCAGCUGCCAAUUCUUUACAAGCUGCAGAGAAAGUGGAGACUCCUCUGAAUUUAUCGAAAGACACUCCGUCCCCAACUGCAGUUCCAGAAUCCCCACUUUCCGGUUUCAGGUUACCAUACUCUCUUGGAACCAAUUAUGGAAGUGAUGGACAGCUAUUCAACAACUGUUCUCCAGACUCCAGUGGUAAGAGUACACCUGGUAACACAUCGGUCACUAGUGAAGUAGCCACUCCACGUCCACAAGCAAAGUCACCAAACCACAUCAAAAGACCAAUGAAUGCGUUCAUGGUCUGGGCUCGUGACGAGAGACGCAAAAUCCUUAAAGCUUAUCCGGAUAUGCAUAACAGCAACAUUUCCAAAAUACUCGGAUCCCGCUGGAAAGGGAUGAGCAACUCGGAAAAACAACCUUACUAUGAAGAACAGUCGAGGCUGAGCAAAUUGCAUAUGGAACAACAUCCAGAUUAUCGGUACAGACCACGUCCUAAGAGGACAUGCGUGAUUGAUGGAAAGAAAGUGCGUGUUAACGAGUACAAAACCAUUAUGAAGACCAAAAAAGAUCUGAUGUGGGGAGAUGAGCCUGGAUUUUCUCAGCCAUCGUUGGAACUGGCGUCUCAUGUAAAUCUUCUUAAUGACCUCGCUCAUCACCAUCAAUCCCAUCUCUUGCAAACAGCUGAAUAA